AAAAUAAAUAGUAUAUGUCAUAAGCUAGCAUAAAGUUGAUUGGAAAUUAUAUAUGCAACCAAGUAGAAAUAUUAGGAUAAGGUCUAAUGUGUACAGUAAUAAUAAUUAUUUGAUUUAGGUUUAUGAAGCAAAAAAUCGUGAGACGAAUAAAUAUGUAGCAUUAAAACAAAUAUCAAAAAUACAAAGAUCAGAUACAUUAACAAGAGAAAAAUUAAGAUAAUUAUAUGAAUUGGAAAUUGAAAUCUUAAAUAAAUGCAAGAUAAAAAAUUAUAAAAAUGUUAUAUCACUAAUAGAUAAUUUUGAAACUUAGAACCAUUUUAAUAUUGUUUUAGAUUUAUGUGAUUGUAAUAAAAAUUGAAAUUAUAAUUUCUAGCAAAUCUAAAAGAAUAUUUGGAAAAGUAACCUGGAAAAAGAUUGGAAGAAUAAGAGGCUGUUGAUAUUUUUAUAUAAAUUUUUGAAGGAGAGAAAAGGUUAAAAUUAAUAAUAAUUUAUAUAGUCUUCAUGAAUUACAUUAUUGUCAUAGAGAUAUUAAAUUAGAAAAUAUCUUAAUAAAAGAUAAUUGCAUAAAAAUAGCUGAUGUUAGUUUAGCAAAAUAUUUAGAAGAUUUAUAUUAAGCAACAUCAUCAAGAGUUGGAACUCCAGCUUAUGUAGCACCAGAGGUUAGAUCUUAAAAAUGGUAUUCUCCUUAUAAAGCAGAUAUUUAUUCGUUAGGUGUAGUAUUAUAUAACAUUUUAUAUGGAGUGGAGGAUUAGAGAGUUGAUAUCAUAAGAAAAAUGGAAAAUAGUCCAAUUAAAGUUAAUAAAGUUUUAUAAGAAUUGAUUAAAAAUAUGUUAAUUGAAGAUCCUUAAAAAAGAGCUGAUUGGUAAUAAGUAUCUUUUAGUAUUUAUUAAUAUAUGAUCAAUAAUUAAUAAGCUAACUCAGAUUCAAUUUUGAUGAUUACAUCUUAUUAUCAAUCUACUUGGUAAUAAAUCCUUCAAUUUUUAAAACAAAUUAUUGAAGAUUACUCAAAAUUCUAAAAUAAUAAUGAAAAUUUAAUCUUAUCUCCAAGUGCUCUUUUUAUUAUUAAAUUAAUCUAUAACAAUUUAGAAGAAAAACUCUUACAAUCUGUAAUCUCACGUUAAAAGGAAGAAGAAGAAUUAUAUAACAUAGAACUUAAUUUAAUAUCCUUUUAUCUAAAAGAAUAUUUGAAAGAAGCUUAGUAACUUUUAUUAUUAUUAAAUCUAGAAAAUGGUAUUUCUGUGAGUAAGCAGCUGGAAAAACUAUUUUAUGUGAUUCUUAAGCUCUGAAAGAAGAAUUUAUGUAUAGGGAAAGAAGUAAAAAUUUUAAUUAACAUUUUUAAUUCUAUAUUGCUGAUUGUGUUAUUAAAUUAGAUUAAUUGAAAUGUUAAACUAAUGGAUUGAAGUUUUUGAAGAAAUUAUUAUAACUUAAACUACUAAUUGCUUAUGAUUAUUUUAAUGAUUUUGUAAAUAAUUUAUUUAUAUUAAUAGCAACAAGUUUAAGAAUUAUUAAGUAAAAGUAAACUCUCAUCAGAAAAACAUAUCAUAUCCUUUUGUUAAGAAAUAAAUCAGAUUGAAACUGUAGAAUAAUACUUAAAUGCAUUAUCACCAAUAAUAUAACAUGUCCAAUAUUGA